ACCACCAAAUGGCGGACGACGCCGGUGCUGCGGGAGGGGCAGGAGGUGGCAGCAGCAGUGGAGCUGCAAGAGGGGGUUUUCGAGGCGGCUUUGGCAGUGGCGGACGUGGACGUGGACGGGGCCGUGGUAGAGGCCGUGGACGGGGCCGCGGGGCUCGUGGAGGCAAGGCUGAAGACAAGGAAUGGGUUCCAGUCACUAAACUUGGUCGUCUGGUCAAGGACAUGAAAAUUAAAUCUCUGGAAGAGAUCUACCUUUUCUCUCUUCCAAUCAAGGAAUCUGAAAUCAUUGACUUUUUCCUGGGCUCCUCUCUGAAGGAUGAGGUUCUGAAGAUCAUGCCUGUUCAGAAACAAACUCGUGCUGGCCAGCGCACAAGAUUCAAGGCCUUUGUUGCUAUUGGUGACUACAAUGGCCAUGUUGGUCUGGGCGUCAAAUGCUCCAAAGAAGUUGCCACUGCAAUUCGUGGAGCCAUCAUCUUGGCAAAACUGUCCAUUGUCCCUGUGAGGCGAGGUUACUGGGGCAACAAGAUUGGCAAGCCCCACACUGUGCCGUGCAAGGUAACAGGCCGUUGUGGGUCUGUCCUGGUGCGUCUCAUCCCUGCGCCACGCGGUACUGGAAUUGUGUCUGCCCCAGUUCCCAAGAAACUACUGAUGAUGGCUGGUAUUGACGACUGUUAUACCUCAGCGAGGGGUUGCACCGCCACCUUGGGCAAUUUUGCUAAGGCCACUUUUGAUGCCAUCUCCAAGACUUAUAGUUAUCUGACCCCUGAUCUCUGGAAAGAGACAGUGUUCACCAAGUCUCCUUACCAGGAGUUCACCGAUCAUCUGGCCAAGACCCAUGCUUCCAGAGUGUCCGUACAGAGAACUCAGGCAGCUGCUGUGGCAACUACCUAAAUGUUUCUGUAUGCUAAAUAAAGUUUGAUUCUUACA